AUGGCUUCAGAAAUUGAGAACCGAGGGCCACAGCUCGUGGCCGUCAACAGCACCUUCUUGACCGCCUCCCUCAUCGCCAUACUUUUGCGAAUUUACGUUCGCACUUUCAUGGUCAAAGCAUUCGGCAUUGACGAUUGGCUGAUGGUCGCUGCAGCCAUCUUCUUUACCUUAAACGCAACCUUCUCCAAUGUAGGCGUCAUAUACGGAACUGGACGCCACCAUGCCGAUCUUGAGCUAACAAACAUCUCGACUGCCAUGAUGUAUUGGUGGUAUUGUUACCUUUGGUACUGUCUAGCUAUGAUAUCGUCGAAACUGUCGAUCGGCUGGUUCCUCCUCCGCGUCAUCGUCAGCAAAGUCCACAAAUGGAUCAUCUACUUCGCCAUGGGCACGACAGCCUUCUCCUGCGCCAUGUUAUUCUUCGUCACCCUCUUCCAAUGCAGCCCGAUCUCAUUCUUUUGGACUAGACAACCACCGGGGAAAUGUAUUAGCGCCGAUGUCGUCGUCACAAUCGCUACCGUGUACAGCGUAACGGCUGUCAUUUCAGACUUUAUCUUCGCUCUUCUCCCAGGUGUUAUAAUUUGGAAAUUACAGCUUAAUAAGAAGACGAAACUCUUGUUGAUCCCUCUCCUUGCUAUGGGAUGCGUUGCGAGCUCGGCAGUGGUUGCUCGAUUCCCCUAUCUUCCGAAACUAAAGGAGCCCGACUUCCUCUGGAAUACGGUCGACGUCGCAAUCUGGUCGAACGUUGAACAAGGCCUAGCAGUCACAGCAGGUAGUCUCGCAACAUUGCGGCCAUUGAUUCAGCUGGUAGCGUUUAAGCUCGGCCUUACUGCCGGAUCGGUGUCCCUACAGCCUUCCGACCAUAGGCACUCGUCGCGGCGCCAGCCUAGAUCCAAUCCCGACGGCUACUUUUCCAGGGGUCACGGCGUCUACAGUCUUUCUUCUAUUAGCCGCGACGGAGUUGCUAAUCCGGCAGGUGAUGGGAAUUCGACUCAUAGCAACAGCAAGCUGAGUCCCUCGGGGGGUAGAUUCCAAGUCGAAAUCGUGCUCUUGGCGAGAGCUUCUCAAGAGGGCGGCGCCAUUGUCUCGCAGACGACGAAAAAGGGAGGCCAGGGCUCGCGCGGAAAGAACCAGGAACCAAACUCAAAGAGAGACGGAGCCAACCACCAGUCUCGCCGGCGAGCCAAGGACCAAAAUAUACCGCCAGCGAUAUCAGAGAACGCCGGAAACGAAGAACCCGACAGCGAAGCCAAUGCGCGAGUCCCCACAGUUAAAGAACAAGCCGAGUCAGAAAAAGCCAGAUUAGAAGAAGCCAUCCAGGAGCGCAGGACCGCGGCAGAAAGCUCCUCUAACGGACCCAGCGAGACGCAGACAACAGGGGGAAAACAUCAGAAGAAGAAACGCCUCCGUAGGGAGAGGAAACCGCCGCCAACAGGAUCGCAAUCGCAGCACCAGCAAACCCAACAGCCCUGA